GAUGCCUUUCCUCCAGCCCCUCUUUGUGGUCUUCUACAUCUACUCAGCCUGGGCGCUCCUCGCCGUGAUGACAGGUGUGGUCAGUGAGAACAUGAUCGCUAUCCGUGAUCAGAUGCAGAAGGAAGAUGAACAGAGGGAGGAGAAAAGGAAAUCGAUGAUCACGAAAGUCUUGAUGGAGCUCUUUCGUGAGGCAGAUGUCGACAACAACGGCAUCGUCUCACGACAAGAGUUCGAAGGCAUGCUCAAGUCCCCGGAGUUGGUCAAGAAGAUCACGAAGAACACGCGCAUGAAGGUACAAGACCUCAUCGACCUGUUCGAUUGGAUUGAUCAUGACAAAGGUGGCACCAUCACCAUCGACGAGUUCAUGAACGGGUUCAGGUGGAUCAAUGAGCCACUCCGGGCCAAGAGCCUCGUCAAGCUGCAGGCAAAGGGCGGUAAGGCAAGUGAUGCUCAAGCCCAUGAAGUGACAAGGUCCAGCAUCAUCCAGAAGCGUGUCGACGAGGUCCAGCGCACCGUCGCCGUCCCACUACGGAAGGACCCGUGGGAUCCUAGCACAUGA